CCCUUAUUUGACUGACCCCAAAUCAAAUAAUGUGAGCAACCUUGAAGGAGCCUUGAACGCGUUUUGGUUGUGUAAUUUGUCUUUGAACCUUUUUCUACAGGCCUCCUCAUUCUCUAUAUAAGUCUUUCGUUUUCAUUCUUUUUCAUUAUUCUCAAUACCAGUUCUCUCUAUCUCAAAUUCUCACUCGCUCAUCAGCUAAAGUAGUAACAAUGGGUAGUCUUCCAACUGGUAACCUUGAAAGCAUGUCAGUGUGUUCGCAAAAUCCGCUUGAUCCAGAUGAAUUCCGAAGGCAAGGUCAUAUGAUCAUUGAUUUCCUAGCUGAUUACUACAAAAAUGUUGAGAGUUAUCCAGUUAGGAGUCAAGUUGAACCUGGAUACUUGCGUAAACGGUUGCCCGAAUCAGCUCCAAAUAAUUCUGAAUCCAUUGAAACCAUUCUUCAAGAUGUUACCAAUGAUAUUAUCCCUGGUCUUACUCAUUGGCAGAGUCCAAAUUACUUUGCUUAUUUUCCUUCAAGUGGUUCCACUGCUGGGUUCUUAGGGGAAAUGCUUAGUACCGGAUUUAAUGUUGUGGGAUUCAAUUGGAUGUCUUCACCAGCUGCAACUGAGUUGGAGAGUAUAGUUAUGAAUUGGCUUGGCCAGAUGCUAACGCUUCCCAAAUCAUUUCUCUUCUCGUCGGAUGGAAGUUCAGGAGGAGGAGGUGUUCUACAAGGUACCACCUGUGAAGCCAUCUUAUGUACACUAACUGCAGCAAGAGAUAAAAUGCUGAACAAAAUCGGCCGAGAAAAUAUUAACAAGCUAGUUGUCUAUGCUUCUGAUCAAACUCAUUGUGCACUACAAAAAGCUGCUCAAAUUGCCGGUAUCAAUCCAAAGAACUUCCGUGCAAUUGCAACAUCCAAGGCUACAAACUUCGGCCUCUCUCCAAAUUCACUUCAUUCUACAAUUCUUGCUGAUAUCAAAUCCGGGUUAGUUCCAUUGUUUCUAUGUGCUACCGUCGGAACAACUUCAUCAACAGCAGUAGAUCCUAUUGGUCCCCUUUGCGAGGUUGCUAAAAUGUACGGUGUUUGGGUUCAUGUGGAUGCGGCAUACGCUGGAAGUGCUUGUAUCUGCCCUGAGUUCAGGCACUUCAUUGAUGGUGUUGAAGAAGCAGACUCAUUCAGUCUAAAUGCACACAAGUGGUUCUUCACUACUUUGGAUUGUUGUUGUUUAUGGGUUAAAGACUCGGAUUCCCUUGUUAAGGCACUAUCAACAAAUCCGGAGUAUCUGAAGAACAAAGCAACUGAAUCAAAACAAGUUAUUGAUUACAAGGAUUGGCAAAUAGCUCUUAGCAGAAGAUUUCGAUCUAUGAAGCUUUGGUUAGUACUUCGCAGCUAUGGAAUUGCUAAUUUGAGAACUUUCCUCAGGAGUCAUGUUAAAAUGGCUAAGCAUUUUCAAGGCCUCAUUGGCAUGGAUAACAGGUUCGAAAUUGUGGUUCCUAGAACAUUUGCCAUGGUCUGUUUUCGCCUCAAACCUACUGCAAUUUUCAAGCAAAAAAAUAUAUCCAAAAGUGAUUACAUCGAAACGCAAACAAAUGAGAUCAACGCAAAACUGAUUGAAUCAGUGAAUGCAUCUGGCCGGAUAUAUAUGACUCAUGCUGUUGUUGGAGGGGUAUACAUGAUCCGAUUUGCUGUUGGGGCAACACUGACAGAGGAACAUCACGUUUCCGGGGCAUGGAAGGUGAUCCAAGAGCAUACAGACACCAUACUUAGUGCAUUGGAUGGGUAAGGUACAGAGAAGAUUAACUACCUCAAGGAAAAUUCUUUUACGCCUUAAUUUAAUCAGCAACAGUUAUUCAUUUCAUAUUUAUUUUUUUUAUCAAUUUUUUGUCUCCAAUCCUGUAAAAGUUAAAAAAUAAAUGAAAAUUCAGCUCUACAUAUUCCACAAAA